GGAAAUAGAGAAGAAGGAAGGGUUUAUGCGAAGGGUCACGUGGAACACUUGAGAAGUCACUGCACGUCGCGACCUUUUUUUCGGGUCGCGUUGUAUUUGUUCGAUUUUUUUUGGUUACUCGCCAUGUCCGCAUUACGUGAAGAGCUCGCUCAGGGUCUCCAUUUACAGGAUCCACAAGUGAUAAAUGAUGCCGUCGCUAUUUGCAGACAGUACAAUCUCAAGGCACGCGACUUGGUGCUAAAGUGGGAAGCAUUUGCGUUACGACCUGUCAACAUGGAGCGCAAUGUAUCGGUUCCCACUUCUGAUUUACUUCGACAGUUGAAUGGUGAAAUCCAAAGGGAUUUCGAGAACGCAGUCCAGAACAAAACGAAGCCAAGCGUAAAUAAGUCUCGCCUUCAAACUCGUGCAGGUGACUCCAGCGGCCUACUUCGUUCCAACAACAAUUUUACCAAAGAUCCUAUACAAGAUCUUAUGAGCGAACUUUCUGGAGUACAGUCUCUCAACACUCCCAUCGAGCGUAUCCCUAUAGUAGUGUCAGAAUUAGGGACCACCGUUACGUCUAAAACAACACAAAGAUUUUCUGAGAGAUCAGUCAGGAACAAGGUGGAGGAAAGCCUCAAUGGCCAUCUCAGCAGGAAAACAGCCAUGGGUGAGGAAUUUAGAGACCAGUCACGAUGCGAGAUCAGCUUAGCUCAGGAGCAAACCGACCGAUACAGAUACAUGUUUGAAAAAAUCUCAGAGAGAGCAGAAAUCAUUGAUGAUCGAAUCGAAUAUUUCGCGGAGGUCGUCAUGGAGCAUCAUAAUAUCCAAGAAUUUGCAAAUCCAACACGGGCAAAUCAAAGCAAUAUCAUGGCAGUAGGGCGCAUUUGUUGUGAAGAUGCUGCUGGUAAGCUUAAUGAACAAUCUGUCGUAUUGGAGACUUCAAGAUCUAUGGGUAUGGGCAAACGUGUCAAACUCAUGCUCGGCAACCUACCUGAGUAUUCUGUCUUUCCUGGUCAGAUUGUGACAUUGAAUGGAGUCAACAAUUCCGGCAAACUGCUCACAGUAUCCGAAGUUUUGCCCAUACCACUACCCUCGCUUGCUGUCCAUGAUGCUGCUGAGUUGUAUGAAUACAAUUAUGGCGAAAAGAUGCAAGGAAAACCAAUUGACAUGUGUAUCGCUGCUGGCCCAUAUACACUAGACGACGAUUUAUCAUACCUUCCAUUGGAAGAUUUGCUGCAAACAAUGGCUUCAGAGCAGCCUGACAUAUUGAUGUUGCUAGGUCCAUUUGUGCCUGGAUCGCAUCCAUUAUUACAAAAUGGUGAAGUUGAUGCAUCUCCGGUAGAUGUUUUCCGCUCACAGGUAUCAGCUCGGUUGCAGCGAUUCAUUCAACAAAGCCCGGCAACGAGGAUCUUACUAGUACCCCACUGUGACGAUCUCAUUCACGAAUACGCCGUGUUCCCACAACCAGCCAUGCCAUCCAAAGAACUGGGUCUGCCAAAGGGAAUAGUGAUGCUGAGCAAUCCAUCCAUGAUUCGCAUCAAUGAAAUGGUCGUCGGCAUAGGAAACAUUGAUAUUCUGUUCAACCUUGGCUUGGAGGAGAUUUCAAGAUCGAAAGAGGCGUCCGAUAGAUUGGCCAGGUUGACCAGACAUAUCCUGCAGCAAAGAAGCUUUUAUCCUAUGUUCCCUCCUGCACUUGGUGACAACCUUGAUCUUCUUCAAAUGCCUCACAUCCAGAUGGAUGUCACACCUGACAUCCUCAUUUUACCGUCUCGAUUAAAAUCAUUUGCAAAGAUUGUGGACAGCGUAGUAUGCAUUAACCCUGGGUAUCUGUCCAAAAAGCAGUCGGGUGGCACGUUCGCUCGGGCGACGAUUCAUCCCCUUCAACUUACCAGCGAUGGCAGUGUUGGCGUCGAAGGCAAAAUCUGGGAAAGAGCAAGAGUCGAUUUGAUCAAGAUAUAACCCUUACACUUCUAAUCGGAACAAUAACGACUAUCUAGACCGUAUCGAGGCAUUUUAUGUAAAAUAUGAAAGUAAAAGAGAAAUUGAAAUUUUUUAUGACAAGGGUUGGACUGAACGUACGGAUGGAGGCGGGGAUAAAAUCUUAAAAGCAUAGAUGACUAGUGUCAUGGUAUAGAGCAU